AUGAACGGCUUCUCAAUUACUCAAAUCACCACCGUCCCCCACGCCGCCCAUCAAGCAAUCUGGAGGGCCGGAGAACAGGCCCCACGUCAAGUGCCAACUGUGAUCUACGAUGACUUCAAUCAGCGGCACCCGAUUGCUUUGAAGUUGAUCCCCAGUGAAGAGAACGAGGUGCCCAUCCCUCUGCAGAUCUCAAUGCAGAUUCCUGUUCCUGCUGGGGUACAUCGCUACUAUCUUCGCGGCAGUUCGAUCAAGGAUGAUAGGCGACCACCGGUCAUCCCUGAUCCUGGAGAGACACACAGCUAUCCGAUUACCAGCCGUCAGUUCCAGUUAGAUGGCGGUGCGACGGGAGUUGAGACCAAACUCGACACGACCUUUUUGUAUGGCAAGAUGGACAAGGUGCAUUUUCCGUUCAAGGCCACGGGACUUUGGAUCUGGGAUUUGUAUGAGGUUGGGCUACCCACGCCGGUUGCUCGAUGCCAGGUGCCACUGGAAAUCUACUUCUUCCUGGGCGAUCCCAGCUUCCACAUAGCCAACCCGAGUGCCCUUUCACCCGACAAGGAGAGUGUUCCAGCCCACGUAUUUGAAUUGAUCGAGUUGACCAUCCCCGAGUAUGGCGAUAUAGCUUCCACGACCCUUUCUCCGGAGGAUGUGAAAAUCGUCCUCGUUGCACAUGUUGUUCAACAACUCUGGGACUUUGCCGGAUCAGGUCUUACCUAUGACUCAGUUGAAGGUGCUCCAUCCUAUCUUCGUGGGUCAGUUUUCUUCUUGGGUUCGAUGCUGAGUAAAUAUCACCCAACCUGUAACUGUUUUGACUUGGGUGCAUUUGUCAACUACGCAUUCAAAUCAUUCGGCAGGCGGACGGAUCCGCAAACGGGCCGGGAAAUCGAUUUUUUUGAGACUCGAACCUGCGAAGUCCGACCCUGGGGCUUUAUCAAGCCCAGCGUCCUGAUUGGGACGAAUGCUCCCUGCAACAAUCCUUUCUAUGCCGCGUUCGACCAAUCCCGACUCGUUGAGACAGAUCAGAGCCGCACGGACUUCUCGUGCCAUUGCUUUUGCCUUUGGAGGCAGGGUGGACAGGAAAAGGUCAUCGACAUCUGCCUGGUCCAGGCUAUUGCCAACACCAAUCGUGAGAACUCCAUAUGGGUGCAUGACAAUAUUCAAUGGGACGAUCAUGGGAACCUCGUCUCUCUCCAGGAUGCGACGUUUACUUUUGCCGAGUAUUGGAAUAUGAGGGACCACCCGGAAGUUGGGGCUGACCAAGUACCAGUGCCACAAGGUGAGGAGUCCUUUUCUUCCAUUUCUUGA